AUGUGCGGAGUCGCAGGAUGCUCCGUCUGCGCUGGCGCCUCCAUAUUCUCGGCGUUCUUCAUGUUCCUGCUGGGCAUAUUGAUAAAGAAUAACUACCAGUUCAUCGGGGAGUGGUAUGAGAAGGAGCCGCCCCACUACGCGCCCACGGAGGACCAAAUCGCAGAGGCGUCGCGCAGCUGCUUUAUUGUGGGCGCCAUUUACAUUGGCUGGAUGGUGCUGGCCAUCGGCUGCAUCUGCUUCCAGAGCGCGCGCAGCAAGGUGCGGUGA